CGCGGGUGGUGGGCGCUGCUCGCGCUUCAGAUGCACUUGGUGCGGGCGCUGGCGCAAGAUGAUGUUGCACCUUAUUUUAAAACGGAGCCAGGCCUGCCACAGAUUCACCUGGAAGGGAAUCGCCUUGUCCUCACCUGCCUUGCUGAAGGGAGCUGGCCUUUGGAAUUCAAAUGGAUGCACAAUGACAGUGAGCUCACCACCUACAGCAGCGAAUAUAAGUACAUUAUUUCAUCAUUACAGAAGCUUGAUGCUGGAUUUUACCGCUGCGUGGUACGAAACAGAAUGGGAGCUCUGUUGCAAAGAAAAACAGAAGUUCAAGUUGCAUAUAUGGGAAAUUUCAUGGACACGGACCAAAGGAAAAUGGUUUCUCAAGGACAUGCAGCAGUUCUCAACUUACUGCCCAUCAGUAGCUGCCCGAAACCUCAAGUGACUUGGUUUAGAGAAGGGCACAAGAUUAUUCCAAGCAACAGAAUAGCCAUCACACUGGAGAAUCAGCUGGUGAUCCUUUCGACAGCAGCAAGUGAUGCUGGGGCUUACUACGUGCAGGCCGUCAACGAGAGGAAUGGGGAGAACAAGACAAGCCCGUUCAUUCAUCUGAACAUAGCGAGAGAUACUGGCACACCUGAAGCCAUGGCCCCCAGCAUUGUGGUUGCCCCCGGCAACAGGAGCGUGGUAGCUGGGUCCAGUGAGACCACCUUGGAGUGCAUAGCCAGUGCCAGGCCUGUGGAAGAGCUGAGUGUGCACUGGAAGAGAAAUGGUGUGAGACUCACUAGUGGUCUCCACAGCUUCGGAAGACGCCUCACCAUCUCCAACCCAACCUCCACAGACACAGGGCUUUAUGUUUGCGAGGCAACACUGCGAGGGAGUGCUUUCGAGCCAGCCAGAGCCAAGGCCUUCCUUUCCAUCAUAGAGCCACCGUAUUUUACUGCUGAACCGGAGAGUCGGAUUUUAGUUGAAGUGGAAGAAACUGUGGACAUCGUGUGUCGAGCCAUGGGGGUCCCUCUCCCCACCCUCCAGUGGUACAAGGAUGCUGUCUCCAUCAACAAGCUCCAGAACCCUCGGUACCAAGUAAUGCCCAGUGGAGGCCUGCGUAUCCAGAAGCUGCAUCCAGAGGACUCUGGAAUCUUCCAGUGUUUUGCCAGUAAUGAAGGAGGGGAGAUCCAGACCCAUACCUACCUGGAUGUAACCAAUGUUGCCCCAACAUUUACCCAGCGUCCAACCGACACCACAGUGACUGACGGGAUGACAGCUGUCCUACAAUGUGAGGUGUCUGGGGCUCCCAAGCCCGCCAUCACAUGGAAGAGAGGAAACCACAUUUUGGCAAGUGGCUCUGUGCGGAUUCCUAGGUUCAUGCUGCUGGAAUCUGGGGGUCUGCAAAUAACCCCUGUAUUCAUCCAGGAUGCCGGCAACUACACCUGCUAUGCACUCAACACUGAGGGCUCCCUGAACGCGUCUGCAGCGCUCACCGUGUGGAAUCGAACCUCUAUCAUUCACCCUCCUGAGGACCGUGUGGUGAUUAAGGGGACCACGGCCACUCUGCGCUGCGGAGCCACUCACGACCCCCGGAUUUCUCUCCGCUACGUGUGGAAGAAGGACAAUGCAGUCAUCACUCCGUCUAGCAGCUCUAGAAUUGGGGUUGAGAAGGACGGGUCCCUCCUCAUCAGCCAGACGUGGUCAGGUGAUAUCGGAGACUACACCUGUGAAAUCAUAUCUGAGGGAGGGAAUGAUUCCAGGACGGCCCGGCUGGAAGUGAUUGAGCUGCCCCACCCACCUCAGAACCUCCUGGCCAGCCUGAGCCCCUCACGAAGCCAUGCUGUGGUGCUCUCCUGGGUCCGGCCCUUCGAUGGGAACAGCCCUGUUCUUCACUACAUUGUGGAGCUGUCUGAAAACAACUCUCCCUGGAAAGUGCACCUGUCAGACAUUGGCCCGGAGAUGACAGGCAUCACCGUGAGUGGCCUGACCCCAGCCCGCACCUAUCAGUUCCGAGUGUGCGCGGUGAACCAAGUGGGCAAGGGCCAGUACAGUGCAGAGACAAGCAGGUUGAUGUUGCCUGAAGAACCACCCAGUGCUCCCCCAAAAAACAUCGUGGCCAGUGGGCGCACCAACCAGUCCAUCAUGGUGCAGUGGCAGCCUCCCCCAGAAACAGAGCACAAUGGGGUGCUACGUGGGUACAUCCUCAGGUACCGCCUAGCCGGCCUGCCUGGUGAACACCAGCAGAGGAAUAUCACCAGCCCGGAAGUGAACUACUGCCUAGUGACAGACCUGAUCAUCUGGACACAGUAUGAAAUCCAGGUGGCCGCAUACAAUGGGGCUGGCCUGGGCGUCUUCAGCAGGGCCGUGGCCGAGUACACUUUACAAGGAGUGCCCACCGCACCGCCACAGAACGUGCAGGCGGAAGCUGUGAACUCCACCACCGUCCAGUUCCUAUGGAACCCGCCGCCCCAGCAGUUCGUCAACGGCAUCAACCAGGGAUAUAAGCUUCUAGCAUGGCCAGCGGACGUCCCCGAGGCAGUCACUGUGGUCACCAUUGCCCCAGAUUUCCACGGAAUCCACCACGGGUACAUCACGAACCUGAAGAAGUUCACUGCUUACUUCACCUCCGUCCUAUGCUUCACCACGCCGGGGGAUGGGCCCCCGAGCACCCCGCAGCUCGUGUGGACUCACGAGGACAAACCAGGAGCUGUGGGCCACCUGAGCUUCACAGAGAUCCUGGACACAUCUCUCAAGGUCAGCUGGCAGGAGCCUCUGGAGAAGAACGGCAUCAUUACAGGCUAUCGGAUUUCCUGGGAGGUGUAUGGGAAGAAUGAUUCUCGACUCACACACACCCUCAACAGCACGACCCAUGAAUACAAAAUCCAAGGUCUGUCAUCCCUCACCACCUACACCAUCGAGGUGGCUGCAGUGACAGCCGCAGGUGUGGGCCUGGCCACCUCCUCCACCAUCUCUUCCGGAGUGCCUCCAGACCUUCCCGGUGCACCAUCCAACCUGGUCAUUUCCAACAUCAGCCCUCGUUCUGCCACACUUCAGUUCCGACCAGGCUACGAUGGAAAGACGUCCAUCUCCAGGUGGAUUGUGGAGGGGCAGGUCGGUGCCAUCGGCGAUGAGGAGGAGUGGGUCUGCCUCUACGAGGAGGAGAAUGAGCCCGAUGCCCAGAUGUUGGAAAUCCCAAACCUCACACCGUACACCCACUACAGAUUUCGAAUGCGCCAAGUCAACAUCGUUGGUUCCAGCCCCUUCAGCCAGUCUUCUCGGGUCAUCCAGACCCUGCAGGCCCCACCAGAUGUGGCUCCCACCAGCAUCACGGUGCGGACGGCCAGUGAGACCAGCCUGCGGCUGCGCUGGGUGCCCCUGCCCGAUUCGCAGUACAAUGGGAACCCUGAGUCUGUGGGUUACCGAGUGAAGUACUGGCGCACAGACCUGCAGUCCUCUGCACUGGCCCAAGUCGUCAAUGACCGUCUGGAGAGGGAGCUCACCAUCGAGGAGCUAGAGGAGUGGACAGAAUACGAGCUACAGAUGCAGGCCUUCAAUGCCAUUGGGGCAGGGCCCUGGAGUGAGGUGGUGCGCGGCCGGACGCGGGAGUCAGUUCCUUCAGCUGCCCCUGAAAAUGUAUCUGCAGAGGCCGUCAGCUCAACCCAGAUUUUACUGACAUGGGCAUCCGUCCCUGAGCAGGACCAGAAUGGGCUCAUCCUGGGCUACAAGAUCCUGUACCGGGCCAAAGACCUGGAUCCUGAGCCCAGAACUCAUGUCGUGCGAGGGAACCAUACACAGUCAGCGCUGCUGGCCAGCCUGCGCAAGUUCGUGCUGUACGAGCUCCAGGUGCUGGCUUUCACCCGCAUUGGGAACGGGGUACCCAGCUCACCCCUCAUCCUCGAGCGCACCAAAGAUGAUGCCCCAGGCCCCCCAGUGAGGCUGGUGUUCCCCGAAGUGCGGCUCACCUCAGUGCGGAUCGUGUGGCAGCCCCCAGAGGAGCCCAACGGCGUGAUUCUGGGGUACCAGAUCGCCUACCGCCUGGCCAGCAGCCGCCCCCACACAUUCACCACUGUGGAGGUCGGCGCCACUGUGCGACAGUUCACGGCCACGGAGCUGGCCCCGGAGUCUGCAUAUGUCUUCAGGCUGUCCGCCAAGACAAGGCAGGGCUGGGGGGAGCCGCUCGAGGCCACAGUCAUCACCACGGAGAAGAGAGAGCGGCCAGCACCCCCCAGAGAGCUCCAGGUGCCCCAGGCGGAAGUGACUGCGCGCAGCCUCCGGCUCCAGUGGGUCCCGGGCAGUGACGGGGCCUCCCCCAUCCGGUACUUCACUGUGCAGGUGCGAGAGCUGCCUGGGGGCGAGUGGCAGACCUACUCCUCAUCCGUCAGCCACGAGGCCACAGCCUGCGCCGUGGAGAGGCUGAGGCCCUUCACCUCCUACAAGCUGCGCUUGAAAGCCACCAAUGAUAUCGGGGACAGCAACUUCAGCUCAGAGACUGAGGCGGUCACAACGCUACAGGAUGUUCCAGGAGAGCCUCCAGGAUCUGUCUCAGCUACACCACACACCACUUCCUCCGUGCUGAUCCAGUGGCAGCCUCCGAGGGAUGAGAGCCUGAAUGGGCUUCUACAGGGAUACCGGAUCUACUACCGGGAGUUGGAGUCUGAAGCAGGCACCAGCCCCGAGGCCAAGACGCUCAAAAGCCCUUCCGCACUGCGAGCCGAGCUCACAGCCCAAAGCAGUUUCAAGACCGUGAACAGCAGUUCCAGGUUAACAACGUAUGAAUUAACACAUCUGAAGAAGUACAGGCGCUAUGAAGUGAUCAUGACCGCUUACAACAUCAUCGGUGAGAGUCCUGCUAGCGCACCUGUGGAAGUCUUCGUCGGCGAGGCCGCCCCAGCGAUGGCCCCACAGAACAUCCAGGUGACCCCACUCACAGCCAGCCAGCUGGAGGUCACAUGGGACCCGCCGCCUCCAGAGAGCCAGAACGGGAACAUCCAGGGCUACAAGAUCUACUACUGGGAGGCGGGCAGCCAGAACGAAACAGAGAAGAUGAAGGUCCUAUUCCUCCCCGAGCCCACAGUGAAGCUGAAGAACCUGACCAGCCAUACCAAAUACCUGGUCAGCAUAUCUGCCUUCAACGCUGCCGGCGACGGGCCCAGGAGCGACCCCCGGCAGGGACGCACCCAUCAGGCCGCUCCUGGGGCCCCCGGCUUCCUGGCAUUCUCAGAAAUCACCUCCACCACACUGAACGUGUCCUGGGGGGAGCCGGUGGCGGCCAACGGCGUUCUGCAGGGCUACCGAGUGGUAUACGAGCCCUUGGCGCCUGUCCAAGGUGUGAGCAAGGUGGUGACGGUGGACGUGAAGGGGAAUUGGCAGCGCUGGUUGAAAGUGCGUGACCUCACCAAGGGAGUCACCUACUUCUUCCGGGUCCAAGCACGGACCAUUGCCUACGGGCCUGAGCUCCAAGCCAACGUCACAGCUGGUCCCGCCGAGGGGUCCCCAGGUCCCCCUAAAGAUGUUUCAGUCACCAAGUCCACCUCAGACCUGACCCUUCAGUGGACAGAGGGCAGCCCUGGAAGCACACCCACCACUGGAUUCGUCAUAGAGGCCAGGCCUUCAGAUGAAGGCUUAUGGGACAUGUUUGUGAAGGACAUUCCCCGGAGCGCCACGUCCUACACCAUCAGCCUGGAUACGCUCCGGCAGGGAGUGACGUACGAGUUCCGGGUGGUAGCUGUCAACGAGGCGGGAUAUGGGGAGCCCAGCAGGCCCUCCCCGGCGGUGUCAGCCCAAGUGGAAGCCCCGUUCUAUGAGGAGUGGUGGUUCCUGCUGGUGAUGGCGCUCUCAAGCCUGAUCAUCAUCCUGCUUGUGGUAUUUGCCCUGGUCCUGCAUGGGCAGAACAAGAAGUACAAAAGCUGUGGUGCAGGUAAGAGCAUCUCCAACAUGGAGGAGUCUGUGACCCUGGAUAACGGCGGAUUUGCUGCCCUGGAGCUCAACAGCCGCCACCUCAAUGUCAAGAGCACCUUUCUGAAGAAGAAUGGGACCAGGUCUCCACCCCGGCCCAGCCCCGGUGGUCUGCGCUACUCUGACGAGGACAUCUGCAACAAAUACAAUGGUGCUGUGCUGACUGAGAGUAUGAGCCUCAAGGAGAAGUCAGUGGGCGCGUCGGAAUCCGAGGCCUCUGACUCAGACUACGAGGACGCGCUGCCCAAACACUCCUUUGUCAACCACUACAUGAGCGACCCCACCUACUACAACUCCUGGAAGCGAAGGCCCCCCGCCGCGGCGCUGCACAGGUACGAGGCGGUGGCAGGGGCCGAGGCGGGUCAGCACCCGCACCCGGUCAUCACCACACAGAGCGCAGGUGGCGUCUACACCCCAGCUGGCCCCGGCGCCCGCGCCCCUCUCACGGGCUUCUCUUCCUUCGUGUGACACCGAGCCGACACUGGGGCAAGACGGAUGCGGACCUUCCGGAGUCUAUUUUUGUGAAGACAACCAACUCCAGGAACUGAGCUGAGGUUUUUGUUUAAAAAGAAAAAAUUCUGAUAAGCGCGAUUUUACCUACUCGUGAACACUAGAUUUCAAUUAGGAAGGUUUUUUUAAUGGCUUUUUGUAACACCACUGCAGAAAGCAGGGCUCUUUGUUUUCUUUUCUUUUUAAGAGAAGGUUUGCCCCUGGUGCAGUGGCUUCUCAUCCUCCAAGCCGCCGGAGGUGACAAGGGACAGGAGGUGGGGUCCUCAGAAUGGAGCCCCGGCCUGCUCCACCUCUACCUCCUCUUCGGAGAACCAACUCUGUCUUCGGACAACUCGGGAUCCUGGCUCUCUGGCUCACUUGCUGCUGGGGAGCAGCGAGCAGGCACUUUGACCUGGGCUCAGUUAGAGCUUUGUGACCCAGCUCGGCCAGGUUACAAAAUAUUCUCACUCCACAGUUUCUAGGCAAAGAAUCAACUUUAAGGUUUUUGGAGUGGGGGGGUGGGGGUGGGGGGUGAGCGAUUAGAAGGUGGUGUCCUCCCCGCUGCCCGGGCUCAGCUUGGCCUCUGUCCUUCUGGUGGUGAAAUAUUCAGGGCUUUCCUUUCUUCCCUUCUUUCUUUCAAGUUGACAGAGCAAGAUCAGGACCCCCACCUCGCUCCCAGUAAACUUCCCGUGACAUAGCACACGGCCCACCCCGCUGACAGAGAGUGAGCCGGCGUUUGCAGAGUUGCUUGUUCUGUAGGAAGUGUGCAUUGUUAACCAGAGUAUUUUUUAAAUCUUUUUAUCUUUUUUUAAACUAUGUCACAUGAAAUGAAUGCAUCUUUGCUGUCUCCAGGUGCCUUUUUAUUAAUUGUUCAGCUUUGUACGUGGGAAAGAUGAGAAGCAACCGUGUCUCCAAAUAAAGCAAAACCGCUCUGAGACCCGGGCCCUCAGUGACCGCGUGCACCCUGGGCCGCCCGGGCACCUGGGGGGACAGUCCUUCCUUUUGUCCCCUUGCUCUUGCCGGCUGCCCCUGCUUCUGACUGCCAGCGCUGCUGCCCCAACCCCCAUCCAAGGCCAGCUUGUAGCCUUAACAGGUUUUCUGGGAACAGUUUUUCUUUAAUUGUCACUGUUUUAAUUUUUUUAACUAAAUGAAACUAGUAUGAACUGCUUUGGAACACUUAAGAGUUCAGAGUCCAGCUGUGCCUCUGGCCCUUCCAGUUACUUUUGUGACAGAUGGCUGAGGUCAGCUCCUCAGCCGGGGCCCAGAUCUGGCUGGAUAUGACCAGAGCGCCGCUGGCACCAGGCAGCACGUGUGGCCCGGUACUCACGAGCACCCCCCAUUCCCACUUCCGGGUGACACACAACACUGGAGACCCUCUGUCAAUAUCCAAAGCACAGCAGGAUGAGGCAGGCAUCGUCCUCCCGGGAGCCUCAGUGCCCAGAGGGUAGAGACUUGCUGGGCCAUCGCCUGGCCGGUGCCACCGGGAAGCCAGUUCCAUGGCCGCACAUAGGCCAGGGGGCGGAUCGUGUUUCAUUCUCUGCGUUCAGAAUUCCCGGGUGUGGCCCUAGGAGACCACGGAGAGGUGGGUGCGGGGUGAAAACCCUUUUCCACUUCCCCAAAACAGGUGUGAAAGGAGCCCUCUCUCCCUUCCUUCCUCUCUCCCCCUUCUCUUUCUGAAUGGAAGGGGAGAUGUUCUAAACCAAAAAUCCUAGACGCUCUGCCCAAAGCCACUUGUGUGAGAAUUUCCAUCCACAAUCCGGGGGUGGGGGGACGGCCUCAGUGGACAGAGCUGCCUCCUCCCUGUCACCCCAAAGAGGGGGGUGGACAGGAGACCACAGCGCGGCCACGUGAACUUCCAGAAAGAGAACACUCCGCAGAGGACUAGGCCACUGCCGUGCACUUUGUUCUUAAGCCAUAAGGAAAUUGCUUUAAUGAACGAGGACAGCGCUGAGGACGCCUUGGUCCAAUGUGUGACUUUGCUCUUGGUUUCUCAUGACAAGGAUGUGGCACUUUUUUUUAGACUCAUACGCCCUAUGCUCUUGGUAAGCUUUUUUCAUAUGCAGUGGUCCUUCGAGGCUGCCCUGGCCCCGUGGCUGCUGACACACCGUUGUCACAGACUGUGGUCCAGCCCGUCACGCUGAGGAACUCUGCCCCGAAUGAGUCACCUGCAUCUAAGGAGCGGGGCCAGGGCCUCCCAUUAGAUUUCUGCCCUCAGAGCAGGGUGGACACUGAGGCAUGUUCACCUCCCAUCUCUGGGGAGAAUAGGGACGUGGACACUGGAUCGAAGACUCCCUGCUGAUCGCAGGCCAAGCAACAGUUCUAUAACCAAGGUGAGCAGAGGGUGCUCCCGCUCUCUCUCCAUGGAGCUGAAAGCCAGCGCUGCAGGAGCUUCAGGACCAGCAGUCGUCCCCAUGGCAGCCGCAUCAGGGGUUAGGCUUGCCCUGCACAGUGAGCUGCCCUUCCCAAUGCACACGGUGGAGCCGUGGGAUAGUGGGUGAGCAAAGGUGUCCAGGGAGGGCUCCUCUUUGUGCAGCCGUCCGGGCUGCCCCAUCUGCUCGCCUGCCCCUCUGCAUCUCUCCCCUCCCUGCUUGUCUUCCCUGCCCCAGAGGAAGAAGACAAGAUGGAGAGUGGCAGCCUCACCAGCCCUGGGAGAAAACACGUCGGGUCCCAGCCACCACGCAGAGUGCACUUGCUACUGCAUGGAAGGCGCUCGUCAUCGUAAACACCCUUGGAGGCUGUGCCCGUGCUCGAGCUCACCUGGCCUCAAGCACGGGCUGGAGGUGCAUCAUGGUGUAGAACACGGUUUUUCUUGUUACACAUUUUGGGCACACAGUGCAGCUGUCUCCGAUGAACAGCUGUCUGCACACCUGGCAUGGACACCUUCGGCUCUCAGAACCUACAAGAGCCCAGGCAGAGGCGAGAACAGCGCGGAAAUGCACCAGGGUGCUCAUCCGCACCCAGGGCCACCUUCCCAUGCAGAGAGAGCUCAGGCUCCCCUUUAAUAUUGUCUGAAAUUCUGCAGAAAACCAGAUCUCAUUUUAAAAGAAAGGGAAAAAAACACAAUCCAACAACUUGUAGGAAGGCAGAGAGGUGCUAUGGGUACAAUUUUUAAUAAAAAUAUUAUUUUGUUCCUUAA